AUGCAUUUGGUAGACCUGUGGUUAACUCGUUCCCUCUCCAUGUGUCUGCUCAUACAAAGUUUUGUCCUCAUGAUACUGUGCUUUCAUUCUGCCAGUAUGUGCCCAAAAGGCUGCCUCUGUUCGCACUCCGGAGGUCUGAACGUCAGCUGUAGCAAUGCAAACCUUAAGGAAAUACCCAGAGAUCUUCCUCCAGAAACAGUCUUACUUUAUUUGGACUCCAAUCAGAUAACAUCUAUCCCCAACGAAAUUUUUAAGGACUUGCACCAACUGAGGGUCCUCAAUUUAUCAAAAAAUGGGAUUGAGUUUAUAGACGAACAUGCCUUCAAAGGGGUGGCAGAAACCUUGCAGACUCUGGAUUUGUCCGACAACCGGAUUCAAAGCGUCCACAAAAACGCUUUCAACAACUUAAAGGCCAGAGCCAGAAUUGCAAACAAUCCCUGGCACUGUGACUGCACGCUGCAGCAGGUGUUGAGGAGCAUGGCCUCCAACCACGAGACGGCCAACAACGUCAUCUGUAAGACUUCUGUGCUGGAUGAACAUGCGGGGAGACCGUUCCUCAAUGCUGCCAAUGAUGCUGACCUCUGCAACCUUCCUAAAAAGACUACUGACUACGCCAUGCUGGUCACCAUGUUUGGCUGGUUCACCAUGGUGAUCUCCUAUGUGGUUUAUUAUGUCCGGCAAAAUCAGGAGGAUGCGAGAAGGCACCUUGAGUACUUGAAAUCCCUGCCAAGCAGGCAAAAGAAACCAGAUGAAGCUGAUGACAUUAGCACUGUGGUAUAGUAUUCUGAAUACAAUGACUGCCUUUGUGAUGGAAACGAGAUCUGGGUGACCCUAAAACCAGAGGUUUAC